GUGUCUUCCAUGAUCUGCCUUGAACGCAGCAUUACGUUUUUACGUAACUGCGUCACUCCCCUGCCCAGCCCUUCUUCUGUGUGCGUGCACAGCUUCAUCCCUGAAUCACAGACAUCAUGGCGUCCUUAUCGAUGGCCCCGAUCAACAUCUUCAAACAUGGAGCUGAUGAAGAGAAAGCUGAAACUGCACGACUGUCGUCCUUCGUUGGCGCCAUUGCUAUCGGAGAUCUGGUGAAGAGCACUCUGGGCCCGAAGGGGAUGGACAAGAUCUUGCUGGGCGGAGGGAAGGGCGGCACGGUGACGGUGACCAACGAUGGGGCGACCAUCCUGAAAGCCAUCGGAGUCGACAACCCCGCUGCCAAAGUUCUGGUUGACAUGUCGAAGGUUCAGGACGAUGAAGUUGGAGAUGGGACGACCUCCGUCACCGUGCUCGCCGCAGAGCUGCUGCGGGAGGCCGAGCUUCUGAUCGCCAAGAAGAUUCACCCGCAGACCAUCAUCUCGGGCUGGAGGAAGGCGACUCAGGUGGCCAGAGACGCUCUGAGGGAGGCUGCUGUGGAUCACGGCAACGACUCGGCUCGUUUCCAGGAGGACCUGCUGAACAUCGCCCGGACGACGCUGUCCUCCAAACUGCUGACUCACCACAAAGCCUACUUCGCCCAGCUGGCUGUUGACGCCGUCAUGAGGCUGAAGGGCUCCGGGAACCUGGAGGCCAUCCACAUCAUCAAGAAGCUGGGAGGCAGCCUCACCGACUCCUACCUGGACGAAGGUUUCCUGUUGGACAAGAAGAUCGGAGUGAACCAACCGAAGAGGGUGGAGAACGUUAACAUCCUGAUCGCCAACACCGGCAUGGACACCGACAAGAUCAAGAUCUUUGGCUCCAGGGUUCGCGUCGACUCGACGGCGAAGGUUGCAGAGAUCGAACACGCAGAGAAAGAGAAGAUGAAGGAGAAGGUCGACCGAAUCCUGAAACACGGAAUCAACUGCUUCAUCAACAGACAGUUGAUCUAUAAUUAUCCAGAGCAACUGUUCGCUCAGGCUGGUGUCAUGGCCAUCGAGCACGCUGAUUUUGCCGGCGUCGAGCGCCUCGCUCUGGUUACUGGAGGAGAGAUCACCUCCACCUUCGACCACCCCGAGCUGGUGAAACUCGGUCACUGCAAGCUGAUUGAGGAGGUGAUGAUCGGAGAGGACACACUCAUCCACUUCUCUGGAGUCGCCAUGGGUGAGGCGUGCACCGUCGUCCUGCGAGGAGCGACUCAGCAGAUUCUGGACGAGGCCGAGCGCUCGCUGCACGACGCUCUGUGUGUGUUAUCUCAGACUGUGAAGGAGCCACGCAUCGUCUACGGAGGAGGCUGCUCCGAGAUGCUGAUGGCGAAGGUGGUGUCCGAUCUGGCCAACAGGACGCCAGGAAAGGAGGCAGUCGCCAUGGAGUCGUUCGCCAAGGCUCUGAUGAUGCUGCCGACCAUCAUCGCCGACAACGCCGGCUAUGACAGCGCCGACCUGGUGGCCCAACUGAGAGCUGCACACCAGGAGAACAAGACCACCUUCGGACUGAAUAUGUCUGAAGGCACAGUGGGCAACAUGGCAGAGCUGGGGAUCACCGAGUCCUUCCAGGUGAAGCGUCAGGUGCUGCUGAGCGCCUCCGAAGCCGCUGAGAUGAUCCUGAGAGUCGACAACAUCAUCAAAGCUGCGCCCAGGAAGAGAGUUCCCGACCAUCACCCCUGCUAGAGGAAGAGGAGGAUGACGAUGAUGAACGUGGGGGGGAUCAGUUUUGUUAUUUAUCACCUCUGUGUAGUUCAAAUUAAAGAAAUGCUCCGCUGUUUUUUUUUUUUUUUCCUGUUAAACUCUUCACUCUCACUAGCAAGACAGAAGCUAAUCAUGUAUAACUGAUGUCAGUAAGAACGGCUAGUGUUAAAUGUUCAGUGCCGUUUGUGAUGCUAACGUUAGCGCAGAUCACAGCUAGCGUUAGCCGGUUUGUGCCUAAGUUUGGCUUAGUGCGUAAGUUUGGACGUUGUUUGUUUUGUUUACUGAAGUAAAUGAACCAAUCCUCAUCA